AUGCUACACCUCAUGGCAGCAAACUUCAGAGGGGUUUCCCCCCGGAUGGGGAACCUACUCACAUGCUUCACGAAACGUUCCUACGAAAUACGACCCGCGCGUAAGGCACCCCUGUGUAAACACUUCUCGACUGAGACAAGUCCCCCCUUUGCCGACACGGUCCUACCUGAAAACGCCGUGACGUAUGAUACCCCCAAUUUCCACUUCAUCAUUUACGGCAUCCUACACGGACAGAUAAAUGAAAAAAAAUGUAGCGGUAAGGACGCCACUGAAUUUUUAAGCACAGUAAAACCGCAUUAUGUCCUCCUAGAACUGUGUCAACAAAGACUAAACAGAAUAAUGGACAUCCUUUCGAAUCGAGAAAAAAAAAAAAACUACGAAAAUAAUUACAGCAAAUUUACUUACCUGCCAAGAAUACAUAAUGGCUUUUUACAAAAUGAAUUCUUACCCAUUAUUGAAGAUGCCGUAAAAAAUAAAAGGAAAAUAUUUCUGCUCGAUAGGAACAUGGACACCAUUAGAAAUCGACUCGAUUCUAGACUCCUCUAUGACACCAGUGCUUACAGAAAAUUCUUCACGUACUGCAUUGAAUCCAUAUCGCUAAGGCACUACUCCGUUGAAGAAUUUACCAAACUGUAUAAACAGUAUGGUUCGUCGACGGCAACUGAUAAGGAAGCAGCAGAAGAGGGAGGAGAUAAACAAGGUUGUACCACUACACCGCAGGAUGCCGAUCAAAAGGGCGAAAGCGAAAUUUGGAAAAAAAUAAACCUGCUAGAGACGCUGAAUGAAAGAUUGAAAGAUCUGUCGAAGCCAACGUACGAUAUACUCGUGGAGGAAAAAUGUAAAUACAUGGCAAACAACAUUUGGUGUUUCCUCCUAAACAAUGAGGAACAUUUCUUUGAAAAAAAUCCCGUAAAGAAGACCAUUUUUAUCCUAUGCAGUGCGAACAUAGUUAACAAAUUGGUGCAGGAGAUGGACAGUGCAUAUAUCAGUCUAUGUAAAAGGUAUGAAUCUAAUCUAAGUAGUAACAGUAUGGAACACCUAGUAUUUGAAAAUCCGUAUACCUCCUACGGAACGUAUGUAAAACCACACUGGCCCCUCAUUUUUAUCAAGUACUAUUUCAUUCCUUCCUUCAUUUUAUACGCUACACUGAACACAUUUUAUGCGCUCACUGCAUGGAUUUACAAGUCUAAUUUCCAGAGAACUUCUUCCCCUUCGCAUACGAUCAUAGACAUAGAGGUGUAA